UCAAUAGACCAGGUGAAUCAAGAUUGGUUGCUGUGCUGGGAAUGUAUAGCCAAGAUACGGUCCAUGCUGCGCUUCAGGAGAAAAGUCCGGACUGCCCGUACAUGUCUGCUUCAGUAUAUGGUUUAUCAAAGUACACAGAUCACGCCACUAUCAAAUUUAAAAACAAUUAUAAACACAACAGAAAACUACCACUAUCAUCAUACAGAAGAUAAAAUCUUAUCAAUUGAAACUACAACCUUCGGUGACAGUACAAAUUUUAUAAACAUAAAUGAACAUACAAAUGAAACAAAUAUUGAAAAAGAUUUCACCGUCAAAGACGGUACAAAUGAAAAUGAAAGUCAGUGUUCCUUUACUAUAAAAAUUGAAGAUAAUGAUUUUGACAAUGACAGGUUUUAUGAUGAUAAUAGUUUGAUAGAUGAUAAAGAUGAAUUCACUGAAACUAAGACUGACGACGUACUAGCCACAAAAGAGUGUGCUCUCAUUAAAAAAAAGAAGAAAAAGAAAAAACGGAAAAAAGAGGAAUUCAACGAUUCUGACGAUGAACCACUCAAACCUAGUAACAAGCAGAAGAAAGAGAUGGAGAUGAAGGAGUCUUUGGGAAAGGAUGAAACAGAAGACAAAUCGGUGAAAAAGCGCCGCAAACGAGAGAAAGCGCCGGGGGUGGUAAACAACCCCCGGGUCGACAGGAAUUUAGCCCAGCUCAAUGUGAAAGAAGGGCAGAUAGAGAUGGUAGUACUUAGUUGGGAUGAGGUAGAAGCAGAAAGGCAACGCGCACGAGAAAGUAUAGUUUUCACCCGCCACGAAUAUCGCUGUGACGAUUGCAUACUCGGGUUUAACCACCGGUUCAAACUGGACAACCACAUGGCUAAACACGCCCCUACUGCGGGUUCCGCGGAGUGUCCAGUGUGUCACGUAAGAUGCCGCGACAACCACGCCUUGGUCGCGCAUAAGAGGAGACACCGGGUCAGAUGGCGCUGCGUAGAAUGCGGCGAGCUGUCGUCGCGCGCGGCCGUCGCGGCGGAUCACGCGGCGCGCGCGCACGGCGCCGCGCCGACGCACACGUGUCGACGAUGCGGUGUCACUCUUGAGUCGCUCGCUAGACUCCGCAACCACAUGAAAAACCACGCGGAGCGGCAGAAAUGCGAGCUGUGCGGCAAAACGUUCGGGGACCGCGCCUCGCUCAGGACGCAUUUGUUCAUUCACCGUGGAGAGAAGGAAUACUCUUGCCCGCAUUGCGACAAACAGUUCCUGUUCAAAAAGGCCAUGGAGGUCCAUUUGGUGACGCACGCAGCCCCCGCCAGACUAUAUUGCCUUGAGUGCGAUAUGACGUUCAAGAACCGCAUGUCGUAUUACCAGCACAAGAAGUAUAAUUUGAAGCAUAUAGAUCCCGAAAAACUGAAGUACAAAUGUCCCCUGUGCGACAAGAAGUUCCUGAAAGCAUCGAGACUUGAGGAGCACAACGUUGCCGUACAUUUGAAAGUGACGCCUAUACGCUGCACGAUGCCUGACUGUGAUUUUGCGUGCUCGUCGAAACCGGUGCUGCGCACACACAUACGCAUGGUGCACCGUAACCUACGCUCCGUGCGUAAUCACGUGUGUGACACCUGCGGCAAGGCGUACACGACAAAAAAGACCCUGGAGGGUCACAUGCGGAGUCACACAGGGGAGAGACCUUUCCACUGCAGUCUCUGCUCGUCUACCUUCUCCUACGAGGCGGCUCUGUACAACCACAACAAGCUGGUGCACCUCAAGGGCAAGGUAACUCGAAGAACAGACUGGGAUUAGGAGUCAACGCCAUCACACAUUUUGUUAGUACUAUUUUAUUUCGAUUUGUAUCCAUUGAUAUUAUGAUAGUUUUCGUCUUUAAACAAAAU